AUUUAACGCAGGUCCGUUCCGUCUCCCCUCCUUCUUUUCCUCUUCUGGCUCUGGCGUCCCAUUCUUCGAACCCUUCUGCCGCUCCGGUGGUUUCCAAUCGCUUCCGUCGUCAGGAUUCCGAAAUCCCUUUCUUUGGUUAGCCAUAAUCUGUCCAGUUCCUGCGCCUGGAGAUCGGAGAAGAGGCGGCGUCGCGCAUGAUGCCGAAGCUCUAUGUGGAGGCGGUUCCGCCGGCGGAUCUGAACAAGAACACGGAGUGGUUUAUGUAUCCUGGUGUCUGGACGACCUACAUCCUCAUUCUUUUCUUCUCCUGGCUUCUCGUACUCUCCCUCUUCAGCUGCGCCCCUGGAACGGCCUGGACGUUUGUCAAUCUCGGCCACUUUGCUAUAACUUAUCACUUUUUCCACUGGAAGAAAGGAACACCCUUUUCAGAGGACCAGGGCAUAUACAACAGUUUGACUUGGUGGGAGCAAAUGGAUAAUGGAAAACAGCUUACACGUAAUAGAAAGUUCUUGGCUGUCGUUCCUGUGGUUCUGUACUUAAUAGCUUCCCACACAACUGAUUAUCGGCAUCCGAUGCUUUUCCUCAACACGGUUGCAGUGAUUGUACUAGUCAUUGCCAAAUUGCCUAACAUGCACAAAGUUCGUAUCUUUGGGAUCAAUGCCGGCCGCUGAGAAGCAGUUCUUUGUGAGAAUGGCGGUGUGAUAUAUUUAGUAUGUCAUUCGUACUGCGGCCCAGUCGCAGUCUAUGUUAGAAAGAAAUCCAUGUACAGAAUAUAUAGAAACAAAUGGUAUGCUGAUGUUUCUGAUACACGAGUGAGGGUCUGUAAAGAAGAGAAGCGGAAAGAAAUUAAACAGUAGAUGGUGUUGUCACAUUCAAGAGACUCUUAGUGUAAGCAGAUGUAGAUUAAAAUCCAAAAACUUAAUAUUGUACCUGCGUUAAUGAGAAAACAAACCUUGGCUCCUGCUGCUAUGGAUCA